UUACAUAAAAAUUAUUUUUAAGUUUCUUGUUUCGUCAAUUCGUUUGGACAAGAUAAACGAACACCCCCUUUGCUAUUUUCAUCUUAGUUUUUCUGAGUUAGUAUUGAAAUUGACCCUUUUAUCAUAGAGAUGAGUUUGGUUUCAUAUGUGUGUAGAAGAACCAAAUCUAUUAAACUGUUUGAUCGAUGAGUUCACUUUUCUUGAAUCUAUAGCAAAUUGUUAGUUUUCUUUUGUUCUUUGUUUUGUUUUUGUUAUUUCCAUUCUGAUAUUAAUUUAGUAUCUGUAGUUUUUUUUUUUUUUUUUGGUUAAGUAACUUGAAUUGCUAAUUCCGAAAAUUAUAGAAAAUUGGUUUAGUGAUAGGAGACAUCAAUGUUCUAUGGCAUAGUUUUCCUUCCUUAGUGCACCCUGUUCAGUUGAAUUUCUAGAAGGUUCAAUACAAAUAAAAAAGAAGGCAGCCCAGUGCAUAAAGUAUUCAUGGGUCCGGGAAGGGUCGCACCCCAACGGGUUGUAAUGUAGAUAGUCUACCCUAAUGCAAGCAUCUGGCUGAUUCUACAGCUCAAACCCGUGACCUAUGGGUCACAUGGAGACAACUUGACCGUUGCUCCAAGGCUCCCCUUCAGAAGGUACUUGCUGGUGAGUUUAGUAAAUUUUUGUCGAUCACCCUCUAAGUGGAUUGUGGAAGUUCACCUACUUGGUUCCCUGCACAUCUACUAAGCAAUUUUUGUGGUUCUUCAAAAGAGAGGAUUUUAGGAUAUGCUGAAAGAUGUGUUUGAGUGUUUGGGAGUCCGAAAUUAUUCUUCAUAAGGUUUUGAGCUUAGCAGAGUUGUCUUUUUUCAUUCCCAAAAAGAUUCAGCCUCGGCGCAGUGACCACAGCUUCACCUUAUGUGCCAAGAUGAAACCUAGGUGGAAUAUUUGUAUAUUGCCUGUCACACUGAUGGAUGAUUUAUGCGAGGAUGGUUGAGCAGCACAUAUCUGGUGAACAGAUUGUACUAGCCAAGAGAGGAUAGCUUACUAUAAUAGUACUGGGUUUCGUAGAUUUUGAAUGGCCAAUACGGGAACUAUUCUGUUGGAGCGAUAUGAAUUGGGGAGAUUACUAGGACAAGGUACAUUUGCUAAGGUUUACUAUGGUAGGAGUAUCAGGACUGGGCAGAGUGUUGCCAUCAAAGUCAUUGAUAAGGAAAAAGUUUUGAGGGUUGGGCUCGUGAAUCAGGUCAAACGGGAAAUAUCAGUUAUGAGACUAGUUCGACAUCCUAAUAUUGUGCACCUUUAUGAAGUCAUGGCCACAAAGAGCAAGAUUUAUUUUGUGAUGGAAUAUGUUAAAGGAGGUGAGCUCUUUAACAAGGUGGCCAGAGGAAGGCUUAAAGAGGAUGUUGCACGAAAAUAUUUUCAACAGUUGAUAAAUGCUGUAGAUUUCUGCCAUAGCAGGGGUGUCUAUCACCGGGAUUUGAAACCAGAAAACUUACUACUAGACGAGGAUGAAAACUUGAAAAUUUCUGAUUUUGGUUUAAGUGCUCUUGCUGAGUCAAAGCGCCAAGAUGGACUCCUCCACACUACCUGUGGGACUCCAGCCUAUGUUGCUCCUGAGGUGAUCAAUAGAAAAGGGUAUGAUGGGGCUAAAGCUGAUAUCUGGUCAUGUGGGGUGAUCCUAUAUGUGUUGUUGGCUGGUUAUCUUCCAUUUCAUGACUCGAAUUUGAUGGAGAUGUAUAGGAAAAUUGGCAAAUCUGAGUUCAAAUGUCCCAGUUGGUUCCCCCCUGAAGUGCGGCGGCUACUUGUGAGAAUGUUGGAUCCCAAUCCACAUACUAGAAUUUCAAUUGCCAAAAUUAAAGAAAGUUCCUGGUCCAAGAGGGGAAUAGCUUCUAAAUCUGUCAAAGCAGACACUGAAAGGAAGGAUCUGGCUUCAGCAUGUACAGAGUCGGCUGCUGGUUCCUCUGAGAACAAGCAAAACGUGGCCACGCUGUCAAACUUGAAUGCAUUUGAUAUCAUUUCCCUUUCUGCUGGCUUUGAUUUAUCGAGAUUAUUUGAGGAUAGUCCUUUAAAGAAAGAAGCUAGAUUCACAUCCUGCAAACCUGCAUCAGUCAUCAUAUCUAAGCUGGAAGAUGUCGCAAAGCGCCUGAAUCUAAAAGUCAGCAAAAGGGAUGCUGGAUUGUUAAGGUUUGAAGGUUCAAAAGAAGGAAGAAAGGGGAUUUUAUCGAUUGACACGGAGAUCUUUGAGGUAACUCCAGCUUUUUAUUUGGUGGAGGUCAAGAAGUCCAACGGAGAUACAUUGGAAUAUCAGAAAAUUUUAAAUGAAGGCCUGAGGCCUGGUUUACAGGAUAUUGUUUGGGCGUGGCAAUUAGAACCACCACCUCAACAGUCCGAACAGCAGCUGGAUGAGCAAUCAAAUAGUCAGCUUCAGCAACAACAACAUUCAGAUAACCUGCAACAACUCUCGGAGCAGGAGCAGCAGCAACUGCUAUGUCCACCGCAACUACUUCAGCAAGAGCAGUUACCUUGAUUAUAUAAUACACUUUCAAUUUCGGCAUUAUCUAGUAGAUGUAUUUUUGGUUCCUCCAGUCUCCUGACUCUUAUAUGUUUCGUCUGUGUAAAUGUCUCUCAAGUAUAAGUGUUUUUCUGUUUUUUUUUUUUUUUUAAAAUAAAAGGUGCAAGUGUUGUUUUUCUUA